AUGAGAGAAGGAUUGAGAGGGAUUAAAGAGGAAGUAAGGAAAGUAGCGGAGGAACAAAAGGAGGAGCUAAGAAGGGAAGUAGAAAGGUUAAGAGAGGAAUUAGGCAUGAGGGAGGAGACUUGGAAAAAGGAGAGGGAAGAGUUGAAGGCAAAAAUAGAAAAAAUAGAACGAGAAUUGGAAGGGAGGAAAAUAAGGAGGGGAAAAGAAAGAGAGGUUGAACGAGGAGUGAUAGAAAGUGGAAAGGAAACGAAUAAGAAUGUGGAAUGGAAGGAAAGGGAAUGGAAGGAAGGAAAUGAAGGAAUUGGAAAGAAGAUGGGAAAUGAAGGAAAGGGGAGAGAGGAGAAGGAACAUUCUGAUAAAAGGAAUAAAGGGAGGAGAAAGGGAGUUAGAGAAAAGAGUGGAGGAAAUACUAGAGGGGAUAGGAGGGAAAGUGAAAUUGGAGGACGUAAGGAAAAUAGAAGCUGGUAG